UCUUCUCCCAGAGGCUCUGGCGGUGGGUUUCCUGGCGCGAUCACGCCCUUUCUUGCAGAGAGUUCACAAGGGUGGUGAUUCCCAGGCUUUCUCGAAAUGUACCUCAUUUUCUGGCACACUUACCACUGAGGGUGAAUUCUCCUUUUAACAAGAAGAAAAUUCUGGUGGAGAGCUACCAACAAGGACAGGACGUGUGGCUGUUACGGUAGUAACAUUUAACAAAACCAUGGCCAUGGAGGAAAUUAAACUCACACAGAAUGUCCAUAAUGAGGCUCUGAGUGCUGAUGUUUCAGACAAGAAGAAGGGAGGCAAAUUCCAGCCUUUUAAGAAGUUGUUUGGCAAAAGGAAAAAGAAAGACACUUCGAUUUCCCGGGAGGCGGAGGCAGGAAGGAAGAGCCACUCUCCCCAGAGCGUCAGCAAUGGCACCUUCUCUUCUGAUGAGGAGACCCUGGAGGACAGCCUAAGGUCCUUCAACUAUUCUAUGGGAGCCCGGGCGUUUUCCCAUGACAGUAUUUUUAUCCCUGAUGGGGGAGCAGAAAGUGAGCAGACAGUUCAAGCAAUGUCACAGGACAACAUCCUGGGCAAAGUCAAAACUCUUCAGCGACAGUUGGGCAAGAGCAUCAAGUUUGGGCAGCCGCCGCCCAGUGCCACUCCCAUGAAGAGGGCAGACAGCGGGGAGGCCAGCCUAGAAGGGGACCCGCUCCUGGCCAGUCCCAUGGAACCUGUGACUCAGCAGGACCUCAUCCUCCCAGACGCCGAGAACAAAUCUAGUGACACGCCAAGUUCUCCGAGUCCUCCGAAUCCGCCGGGAGCCAGAAGUGAGAUGGAAGAGAAGGCAGCUCCAGCUAAACCUUCUCGGCCAAAAAGGCACUUCUCUUCUGCUGGCACCAUCGAAAGUGUCAACCUGGAUGCCAUCCCCUUGGCCAUCGCUCGCUUGGACAACAGUGCCGCCAAGCACAAACUGUCCGUUAAGCCAAAAAACCAGAGGGUGUCAAAGAAGCACAGGCGACUUGGACUUGCCGGGGCUCGACCAAAUGAACAAGGCGGCCUUCCGAGCCAGCUGUCCCUGGACCAGAACGGACACCCUGGAGAAGACAAGCUGAUGUGGCACGAAGAGGAGCCUGAGCCUCUGGACGCCGAGGAAGAGAAGAGGUGCCAGGAAGAAUACUGGCGAGAACUGGAGGCCAAGUGCAAGCGGCAGAAGGCGGAGGCAGCCGAGAGGAGACGCCUGGAGGAGCAGAGGCUCCGGGCCCUGGAGCAGCGGCUUUGGGAAGAGAACCGCAGGCAGGAGCUCCUGGAGGAGGAAGGAGAGGAACAAGAGGAAGAGGAGGGAGAACCACAGCCAGUGGCAGGGAAGAGGCAGUGCACAGAGGAAAGGCGGAGGCUGGAUGAACAAGGUAGCCCAGCCCCAGAGUGCAGGGAGCCAGAGGAAGGCGGGCCCCAGGAAGCGGGAGAGCAGGAGACCCGGGAGGAAGAGGCUGAGCGGCUGCAGAGCCUCGCGCACCAGGAGCUGGAGGCGCGGAGCAGACAGGAGGCGGAGAAGCGGCGGCAGGAAGCAGAGGAGAGAGAGUUGAAGGAACUCAGGAGACUGGAGGAGCUGGAGGAGCAGAGGCGGCGGGAAGCGGAGAAGCAGCGGUUGGAGGAAGAGGAGAGGAAGAGGCGGGAGGAGGAGGAGGAGCAGCGGCUGCGGGAGGAAGAGGAGAGGAAGAGGCGGGAAGAGGAGGAACAGAGGCUGCGGAAGGAGGAGGAGGAGAGGAAGAGGCGGGAAGAGGAGGAACAGAGGCUGCGGAAGGAGGAGGAGGAGAGGAAGAGGCGGGAAGAGGAGGAGAGGAAGAGGCAGGAGGAGGAGGAUCAGAGGCAGCGGGAGGAAGAAGAGAACCGGACGAAGGACCUCAGAAGGCGGCAAGAGGAGGAGGCAAGGAGAAGGGAAGAGCUGAGAAAAAGGCAGGAGGAAGUGGAGGCGCAGCGGCGGCGGGAAGCGGAAAGGGAGCCCCAGGGACCACGGAGAGGGGAGGACAGUGGGCUGGGGGCGGACGACAGGAGCCCGCUUCAGACGGCCUGUGCAGGGGAACCAGAGCUCCUGAAGCCGGAGAAGCAAAGAGAGAACGCCGAGGCACCAAGGGCCUGCGGGAAGCAGAGUCCCGAGGCUGAGCCCUCCGGAGAGCCGCAGGCGCAGCGUGGGGAUGCUCGCGGGCAGGAUGGGUGUGCAGGCCCGGAAGAGAGAGGCGAAGCCCGGGAUGAGCCCGCGCCCCGGGGCCGCUGUGACUCCCGGGGGACCCUCCGGAAGACCCCGCCAGGAAACGCCAAGUUCUCGAUCAUGCCUGCCUGGCAGAAGUUCUCGGAUGGGGGCGCAGAGACCUCCAAACAGAGCGCGGGAGCUGAAAGCACGAGAAAAAGGCCCGGGCUGGGAGCCAGCGACCAGACAGCGCCCCCGCCCCUGGCUGCUGAGAGCGAUGAGCCCCAGAAAGGCCCAGAGAAUGUGGGGGCGCGCCAGGAGCCAGCAGACACCACCGAGGGCUGCAAAUUUGCCAAAGACCUUCCAUCCUUCCUUGUUCCGAGCCCUCCGUACCCUCCGCAGAAAGCGGUGGCCCAGGCGGAGCCCGUGACCGCGUCGGGCAGUGAGACCGCCGGUGGCGCGGGAAAGCCGGACCCCGCGUUGCCAGGUGGGGAGGAAAAAGCCUCCUCACCUUUUGGAAUAAAGUUGAGAAGGACCAACUACUCCUUGCGCUUCCACUGCGACCAGCAGGCAGAGCAGAAGAAGAAGAAGAGGAACAGCAGCGCUGGGGACAGUGCAGAGGGGGGGCCGCCGGCACCAGCGUGCACGGAUGGAGAGAAGGCGGCAGAGGGUGCACCGGCCCUUAAGCAUGGCCCAUCCCUCCCCGCAGAGAGCAAGCAAGGCCCCGGCAGCUGGAAGGACUUUGCCAUAAGCCCUUCCAGCCCCCCUCCCCCAGCCCAGCCUGGACCCCCACCGGUCAGCAGCCAGACCCCUGCCCCGGAGCACACCAAGGCAGCAAACAGAAUGCCCAUGGCGCAGAAGCCAGCCCUGGCGCCCAAGCCCUCCGGUCAAACGCCACCGACCUCCCCGCUCUGCAAGCUGAGCAGGCCCUACCUGGUAGAGCUGCUGGCUCGGCGGCCGGGGAAGCCUGACCCGGAGCCCAGUGAGCUGUGCAAGGAGGGCCAGGAGCGCCGUGAGCCUGGGCCACCCUCGCCACCACCUCCCAGGAGGGAAGAGAAGGAAGAGGUGGAAGCAGAGAGGAAAGCUGCUGCCCCCGCUCUGUCUGCAGCCCCACAGGAGAAGCCUCCCCAAACGCCCGAGGCCGGGAGGAAAGAAAAGCCGGUGCUUCAGAGCAGACACUCUUUAGAUGGCUCCAAACUUGUGGAGAAAGUUGAAACCGCGCAGCCACUGUGGAUAACGUUAGCCCUGCAAAAGCAGAAGGGGUUUCGGGAGCAGCAAGCGACUCGAGAGGAGAGGAAGCAAGCGAGGGAGGCCAAACAGGCAGAAAAGCUCUCCAAGGACAACGUCAGUGUCAGUCCACAGCCAGGAAGCAGCAGUGUCAGCAGAGCUGGAUCCCUGCUCAAGUCCAUGGCUCAUCCAGAAGACAAGAAGCCGGAGACAGCAGGGUCCAGGCUUGAGCGCAGAGAGCAGCUGAAAAAGGCCAACACCCUUCCCACAUCUGUGACAGUGGAGAUCUCUGAUUCGCCUCCCCCAGCGCCACUGGUGAAAGAAGUCACAAAGAGGUUUUCCACCCCAGAUGCUGCUCCCGUGUCAACAGAACCAGCCUGGCUGGCUUUGGCCAAAAGGAAAGCCAAGGCCUGGAGCGACUGCCCACAGAUUAUUAAGUAAAGAGUGACUCUUCUCCAUUCCUAUUCCCAGUUA